CAUCAACCCACACACACAUAACCACAAUGUCCCCUCCCCACCUCCCAACCACACUCACAUCCACCAUAACAACCCUCACCACCCUCCUCCUCCUCACCUCCUUCUCCCUAACAACCUACACCCUAACGACCCACCUCCACCUCGCGCACACCGUAACAUCCCUCGUGCCGAAGGUCAUCAUCCACGACACCGCCAUCAUCGCCACAACAUCCUACCAUAUCUUCACGACGAUCCUGACCUGCCUGACAUUUAUCACGAUCUACUUUCUCUUCCCUAGAUUCAUCUUCACAAAGUCAAUCAGCAACCCCUCAUGGAUCCAAAAAGCACUUACAUCCCUCGCAACCCUCCUUCUCACGACAAGUCUCCUCGCCUUCACGGUCAUCCUGGCUACCAGAAAGAUGUCCUUUGGGGACGUGGGCCCGCGUGUUACUGUCUAUUUAGAUGAGGGUUUGGGCGAGGAGAGUUUGGUUUAUGCGGAUGAUGGGAGGGGGGUUGCCGGGUUGGUGGUCGGGUGGGUUGGUUGGUUUGGUGCAGCGGUUUUGUGUGGUUUGAUGAUGGUUGGAGGAAAGAAGGAUGAGCAGAAGGGAGAUGGUGAUGGGAAGUGGGUGGAGAAGGGGGAGGUGGAGGAGAGUAGUUAGGGCGGAGAGUGUGUAGGUGUGUUUGGUGGAUGUUAGGGAUUUUGAUGGAUGAGGUUGUGUGGGUGUGGUAUGAUACUUUUAUGAAGUGAUGGGUUAUGAGUGAUGAUGUUUAUGUCUCACUGGGAGUAUGAUGGUAUCGAAAUAUAUUAUGUCGAUCAAUAU